AUGGAACUGGAUCCCGUCGACCAGCUCCUCGAGCGCUACCUCGGCCUGCUCCACGAGUACACCACCCUGCGUGAGUCCCUGUCGACGGCGCAGUCGAGCAUGUAUCACCACAUAGCGAGGGCCAAUUUCAACGCAGAGAGGGGCCUUCGUUUCGGCCAGGACCACUACGACGAACGCAUGCAGGCGUCGAGGAGAGUCGAGGUCACGCCGGGCAGCCAGAGGUCCGCAUCAUCAAGACUCAGCAUCCGUACACUGGCCCCGGGCGGUGCCCUUGAUGCUGACGGAGAUGCUCGUGAGAAGAAGGAGGAAGGGCAGACCUCAGCAGACCCGUCUGAGGAUGACGAAUCUGUGGAUGCUGGAGAGGCACAGCGGCCGAACGAGAAAUCCCGGAACCCGCUGCAGUGGUUCGGCCUUCUGACACCCAUGCCACUCCGCAUGGCCCAAAGCGAGGCUAUCAAGAUCAUAGAAGACCUGGUUCCUAGGCUUGCCACAGUGAGUGCGGAGAUGGAGAGCCUCGAGAUCGAGGUGCGCAGGGCAAGAAAGAAGCGCGCCAAGGCGAGCGCAGGAAAGGACCAAGUUCACCCAGAUCGCACACCAGCAGAAAUCAGCCUGGGAUGA